GUAAAAAAGACCGAGGAAAGGAGGGAUGUUAUACCGAGGACCCCUAGCGGGCCGAAGCCAAAGUGGAAGCAUACCGAGGUAAACGGUGCAAUGACCAGGAAAGGAAUAUGGGGUAUAGACUGGAUUCGUUAUAGGUAAGAAGUCCUUGAGCCAGUCUUGUUUCUUUACAUGUGGAGCCUCCCUGGUUACAAGGCACAACAGGACAACGCAGGCCCUCACGCUUCUAAGUGGAAUAAAGGCUUCUUCGCUGAGCACGGCAUCGAGGAGGAAAAGUGGCCGCCAAACUCAGCAGAUCUCUACAAUAGAGCCUCUUUGGGAGACCCAAAAGAUGAAGACAACGCGUGAGGGCGCCCUAACGAAAGGAAAGGCCAAGAAUAAGUGGCUUAUAACCUGGGAUGAGGUAGAGCAACGGCUAAUAAGGCGGUAUUAUAAGAGGGUGGGGGAAAACAUAAGUGGGUGGUGUUUUUGAGGGGAGGCAACAAUUAUAAGGAGGGUCGGCCAGCCCCUGAAAACUGAGAUGCGAAGGUAAACUGGGACCUCGAUGUGCUCGAGGAUGUAGACGUCCUAGAGCCUCUCUUUUUUCGUUUGGU